UUCGGCGGGCGGCGCUUGGAGCAGGUGCAGAAGCAUCCUUGUUCCCGCUGUUGCUGCUAUUCUUUCUCCAGUGUCUGAGUCAGGGAAGGACAAGCAUUCUUUCUUUGCCGCUAGAGCUUCAGUGAACUGUUGCCCAGAACCUAGGCACCCCAGACAUUUCAUCUCACCCCUUAUUCCGCGUUCACUGUAUAAAUCACCUGCACAUUUGUACCCUGUGAAUCUUCCUUCUGCUCAAUGCUUAGAGCAGGGGUCGAAAGGGAAUUUCAAGCGUUUGAAAGAAAAGGUCUUUACUGACUGCCGGGAGCUGUCUAAGGUGCUGAAGCUUUCCAGGCGUUCGUCUCCUGCAACAUCACGCGGAGUUAGAUUGCACAUUUUCGUUCCUGGCUUUCUCGUCCCCCAUGCCUUGGAUAAGACUAAUUUCAGGAUCGUGAAAAUCUCUCCGUAUCAUGGCCCACGUGAGACACUUUCGGACGUUAGUUUCGGGAUUUUACUUCUGGGAAGCAGCACUAUUACUCAGCUUGGUUGCGACAAAGGAAACAGGCAGCGCAAGAUCUCGAAGUGCUCCAAUGUCACCUUCUGACUUUCUGGAUAAAUUAAUGGGGAGGACAUCAGGGUACGAUGCAAGAAUCAGACCCAAUUUUAAAGGCCCUCCUGUUAAUGUCACAUGCAACAUAUUCAUAAACAGCUUUGGCUCUAUCGCUGAGACAACCAUGGAUUACAGAGUGAAUAUCUUUCUUCGUCAGAAAUGGAAUGAUCCUCGCCUUGCAUAUAGUGAAUAUCCUGAUGACUCUUUAGACCUAGACCCUUCCAUGCUGGAUUCCAUCUGGAAACCUGAUUUGUUCUUUGCCAAUGAAAAAGGCGCCAACUUUCAUGAAGUUACUACAGACAACAAAUUGUUAAGAAUUUUCAAGAAUGGAAAUGUUCUUUAUUCAAUAAGAUUGACAUUAACACUUUCUUGUCCAAUGGAUCUCAAGAAUUUUCCAAUGGAUGUACAGACGUGUAUAAUGCAACUGGAAAGUUUUGGGUACACAAUGAAUGAUCUCAUUUUUGAAUGGCAAGAUGAGGCACCUGUACAAGUGGCCGAAGGACUCACUUUGCCCCAGUUUCUGCUGAAAGAAGAGAAAGAUUUACGAUACUGCACUAAACAUUACAAUACAGGAAAAUUUACGUGUAUAGAAGUGCGAUUCCAUCUUGAACGGCAAAUGGGAUACUACCUGAUCCAGAUGUACAUUCCCAGUCUCCUGAUCGUUAUUCUAUCCUGGGUUUCAUUCUGGAUCAAUAUGGAUGCUGCGCCAGCCAGGGUAGCCUUGGGAAUAACUACCGUGCUGACUAUGACCACGCAGAGCUCAGGAUCACGAGCUUCCUUACCAAAGGUUUCUUAUGUCAAAGCUAUUGACAUUUGGAUGGCAGUAUGCCUCCUUUUUGUGUUUUCAGCACUUCUGGAAUAUGCAGCUGUAAAUUUUGUAUCAAGACAACACAAAGAACUUCUGAGAUUUCGACGAAAGAGAAAGAAUAAGACAGAAGCUUUUGCACUGGAGAAGUUUUACCGUUUCUCAGACACGGAUGAUGAGGUAAGGGAAAGUCGAUUCAGCUUCACAGCCUAUGGAAUGGGACCAUGUCUGCAAGCAAAAGAUGGUGUGACCCCAAAGGGCCCAAACCAUCCUGUCCAGGUAAUGCCGAAAAGCCCUGAUGAAAUGAGGAAGGUUUUUAUCGACAGAGCUAAGAAGAUUGACACCAUCUCACGAGCCUGUUUCCCAUUAGCCUUUUUGAUUUUUAAUAUUUUCUAUUGGGUUAUCUAUAAAAUUCUUAGGCAUGAGGAUAUUCAUCAGCAAUAAGAUUGAGCCUCUGGGGGCAUGCAAGUGCAAACGAUCAAUUCAAAAGAAAGUUUCUUUGCCACAGGUGUGUGUAUACGUGUGUGUGGUGUACAAAUGAUGACCAUCAUACUAAAAUGGUAUAUGGGAAGGUAUUAUUAUGAUAUGCUAUGCAAAGUCACAAGGCAGAUUAAGAGUCUUCUAAUAGAUACAAAAAUAUAUAUGAUGAGGAUUCUAUUUCAUAUUAAUUUAAGAUUAUCUGUCCUUUCACAGUAUAUCAUGUAAGUGGAAGUAUUAUUGCCAAUGUGUUUGUGUUGUUAUAUAAUAUCACAUAAUAGUACAUGUGAAAACUACUUUGCAAAUUCUAGGUUUUCAGUUCAAUGACAUUAAAUCUUACAAAAGUAAGAUCUGCACAAUCAACUUUAUAAAUGGAAAAAGUGGAAAUGUUGAAGAUUUUAAAAAUCAGUACCUUGAGGCUUUAAAAUAUUUUCUUGUACUGUAGCUACAAAACAGAAAAGUAAUCAAUUAAUUCAGUAGAAAACUCAGUAAUAGAGGAUUGUACAUACAAAUACUAUGGGAUCAACUUAUGUAAGAGCAAAAAAAAAAUCAAAUUAUAAAAUUAAAACUUAUAUACUACCAAAAAAUUCAAAUUAUAAAAUUAAAAUUAAAAAAAUUUUAGCAUUUACAUACUAAAUUUAAUUGUUUAGAACACAAAUUUCCCUCUUUGGAAAUUUAAAACCAAUGGCUUAAGAGAUCAUAUUAUAUACAAAAUCUACUUUUCUUAACUUUAUAUCUCUAUGAAUGAAGAUGGAAAUACUGAAAACAACAACAUUGUUUCUAAAUAAGUGGUAUAGCUGUGUGUUUUGAAUUAUUGCCAAACACUGCAAAAUGCAAGCCAGUACCCUUGUGUUGUUAGAUUUUUAAUAGCUGCUUAAUUGUCUGUACGUAAUUAUGUUUAAUGUUUUGAUAUAAUUGAACAAAGUUCAGUAAGAUUUUUAUAUUUUAGCCUAGAAGGAGGUUUUAAAAUUCAAUGGGAUUGUAGUAUUUACAUUUUGAUAAAAAUGAAUUUAAUUAAAACAAAAAUGGAUUUAUGAAAGAUUUUUUAAAUAAGAACAGUUUCCCAUCAAAGUUAUAUGGGUUUAAACUCUCAGCUCCAAAUGUAAGGAGGGAAGAUUUUAAUUCUAAAUUAUAUAAAUAAGUCAUUUCUAUAAAAUGAGGAUUGGUUGUUUUUAUAUUUCUGAAUUAAUAAUUUCAAUAUAUAUGCCAUGCACUAGCUGUGAGUAAUUUUAAAUAAAAUUUUUACUUAAAAUUUAUCAACAACCCCAUGGAAUUAUUUUAUCAGGAAUGGGGCAUUAACUCAUUUCAUGCAGUGCAAUUAAGUACAAAUAUAUGACAGAGUUCUUGAUGAAAGUGAACCAGACUCUGAUUCUUUCUCAGUUUUGCAGUUUUUUUGCAUUAUUUUUUAUCAGUAUUGUUGUAUUUUUUAAAAGUUCUAGAAUGCUUUUUAGAUACGUUUAACUAUUGAUCAGAUUUGCUAAAUGGAAACUCGAUGUGCCAAAUGAUUGUCAGAGAAAGGUUUAAACAUUAAGAAAACAAUUAACUCAGACUUAAGAGGAAACAAUAAGCCAGUCUUUGGAUCAAAUGGCAUUAUUUUCUGAACUUUAACCACUCUUAAACUAAAAGCAAGAACUGCCAUUUAAAGUUAAAAAUUUCUCAAUGUUAUUGAACUUUGGUCUAUCUGAUAGUAGUUUUUAAAAAAAACUUUUGAAAAAAUAAUGUAUAUUCAGCAAUUUUUGUUAGUGAAAGACCAAACUGCCCUCCUUUAUAAAUAAGUUAAAACACAAUGAGGGGGGGAAAUCAUGUUUGUGGUUAAAUGCAAAUGCCACAACUGGAAGAAAUUGUUACUCUACUUACUUUGAGGACUCUGUGCCCGAAAGUUGAACACAGUCUUCUUCAUUUGGUGUGUAUGAAUCAAAACCAUGGGAAUAUAUUCUUGUACUAAAGGUAGAUUAGAGCCAGAUAUGUUGUUCGUGUUCCCUGGGGAUAAGCUGGGUGGUUUGAAGUUAUGAUAAACUGCAUUGUCUCAAUAUGUCUCUGAAAUACUUGAAUACAUUUUUCUGUACUUUACACAUCUUAUUUCAAAAGUCCUCCAUCAUUGUUUCAAUUAAGUGAAUUCUGCCAGAAGCAAACAGAAAUGUAAUGAACUUAUUCCCCCAAAGAAAUUCACAGACAUCGUUUGUUUUCAUAUUUGAGAAUAUUAAAAAAUGUCUCUUUUAUCCCUGAAACUUAGAAUGCAAAAAUACUAGCCACAAGACAACUUGUCAGGAGGAGCACUGGUAUGGUAGAAAUUUCUUAUCUUAAAAGUAUCAUAUUUUGCUUGGGUAUACAUACUUGCCAUUUUCUUACUAUACCAAGGAAAUAUUCUGAUGGUCAUGACUCAUACGGCAACAAUGACAGUAUUUGUAUGACUGAAUCCAAACUGUUUAAAGAAAUGUGUCCCCUUGAAUGAACACUUACAGAUUAUUUAAAACUGGAAAACUACACUACCUUACAAUUAGCAUCUCAAGGUAGUAGUUGUCUCCGUAAACCCUGUGUCACACCCUAAUAUUUCAAUCAAACCAACAGAAAACUAUUAAUGGUGAGAAAAUUCAAAUACAUACCUAUACACUAAUCACCCAUAUGCAAGGUGGAAUUCUAACACGGAUAUUAUGAAGUGUUUUGAAGUAGCCCCAUUAGAAAGUUUGUAACUUUUGUACGUGCAGUUUAUUGCAAUUUUUCUUAUUAUUAUGUAUCUCAAUCAUUGAAAUUUAUGGUUCUGUAGUAUAUGAAAUUUUAGGAAACCUUGUACCUUAGCACAUACAUGCCAUACUUCUUUCUUUUCCAAACAUUAGAAUUGAAGUCCAGCUAUAGUGGGGAACAUCUAGAACUUUCUUUACUACUUGAAAUAAAUUCCAGAAAGAAACUGUAGAAGCAAGAAAGCCAAGGAUCUUUAAAAUUUCUUAACCUUUCGCAUUGUUUCUCCAAAGCAGUUUCUCACCUGCAGAGCCUGGCCCUCCCCCCCAGCUGCUGUGUUUAAGAGAUUGUAUGACUACUUAUCUUAUUCUAUAAUUAAUCUAACCUGCUAGUCACUUCAGAGGAUUGAAUGUUACAUAGUUAAAUUUUCUUUUCUUCUAUAAAGUACACAUUCCAUGAAAUGGACUCCAGAGAAUAUGGGAAUUACCAAUAUUAAAAGUAGAAACUACUCUCAUAUUAAAAGUAGGAAAUCGGCAAUACUGAUAUUCAUAACUAUCCCUAACAGCUUGAGCAUCCUAAAAGUGCAACUCUUAGAUUGAAAAUGUGCCACAGUCCUUAGACCAAUCAAUCAUUAACAAUCUUUGAGGUCAUGUCUCUUACUCCAAGACAGAUUUCAUGUACUUUGCAACAGAGGUAAUAGCAAAACGUCUCAAAAUUUAUCAGCACAUACCAUCUGUAUUUCUCAUCUAGUUGAUGCUGAACGAGUAAAGAAAGCAAGCCAUUCCAUGUAUACAGCAUAAACUUACAUUUAGUCUAUUAGUAUUCAUUGAUGCUGACAAGGCAAAGACUAUAAAAUAAUGAGAUGGGUUUAAACAUAUUAAAAGAUGGUUUCUACUGCAGGGGUUUGUAUUUUAAUGAUCUAGCCAAAACAAAUAUAAUCAUAGAAAAUAGCCUAUAAACGAAUAGUAAUCUUAGUCCACUGAGAUUGGCCAAGAAUUGUCUAGUGACUCAGAGAAUAUUUUUUGUAUCUUUAUAAUUGCAACCUUGUGUUUUGAAUUACACUCGCCUAUUAAGCACAGUUACGAUAGCUACCUUUUCUAAUUUGGGUAUUCAGUUUGGGAACUAGAUAAUUUCACUGCCUUUGCUUGGCUUCUGGACUGUUACUUGCUACUGUAGAGGUACUGAAACAGCACAGUCGGUUCUGAUGGACUAUAAACGUGCAUCGUCACUUGCUGGCUUCAUGUGCAUUUCAGAGAAGAAUUUAGUCACAAAGAUUGCACAAUUGUUUUAAGUGACAAAUUUUAAUAUCUCUUUAAACUGUACCCCAAUUACUGUAUCUGCUCAAGCAAAAAUAAAGGACUCUCUGGUA